AUGCUGCGUCGCGCCUACUCGAGCGCGGUCUCGGCGGUCCGCGUCGCCAACACGCCGAGCCUGAAGCGGUCCUUGGGCCAGCAUCUGCUCGUGAACGAAGGUAUUCUCCAAGACAUCAUUGACGCGUCGCAUCUGCGGCCCACCGACCACGUGCUCGAGGUCGGCCCGGGUACGGGCAACCUCACGCUGCUGCUGCUUGGCGUCGCCGAGCGCGUCACCUGCGUCGAGUACGAUCACCGCAUGGUCGCGCAGCUCGAAGCUCGCUUUCCCAAGGAAAUCGCUUCGUCCAAGCUCACGAUCAUCCGCGACGACUUCGCCAAGUUCGACUUGCGCGCAAUUGACCCGAUCGACAUGUGUGUCGCCAACAUCCCGUACAACAUCUCGUCGCCGAUCGUCGCCAAGCUACUGAGCCAGAAGGUCGACCCGACGCUGCGCGCGUCCGUGCUCAUGGUGCAGGACGAGUUUGCCCUUCGUCUCAUGGCCACAGCGGGCCAUAAGAACUAUAGUCGUCUGAGCGUCAACACGGCGUUCCAAGCGUCGAUCUCGACCGUGGUCAAGGUCCCGCGCAAGCACUUUGUGCCGCCCCCCAAAGUCGACUCGCGCGUCAUCAAGAUCGAGCGCAAGACCGACCAGCCCGAUGCGUCGACGCUCGCGAAAAUGGAUACGCUGCUGCGCAUUGCUUUUCAGCGCAAGAACAAAACGCUGCGAUCGCAGCUCACGUCGUCGUUCGCUGCCGACGGCUUUGCGCCCUCCACCGAGAUGGACGAAGCCGAUCGCAAAGCGGCCAUCUUGGCCGUGCUACAGGCCACGAACCUCCAUGACGCGCGCGCCGUCAAGCUCACGUGCGACCAAUUCCACGCGCUGCUCGUCGCCCUCGAGGCGGCCGGUGUCGCGUUCAAACACAGCGAGUUCCAUGCGUUUGGCGAAAUGCUAGAGGCCGACGACGAGUAA